AUGACUUUCUCCCUCCGAUCCGUUGUUUUCGCUGCCGCUAUGGCUUUGAGCUCUGCUCCCUUCUCCUCCGCUGCUCCCCGUGACGAAAGUAACCGCUUGAACAAGCGAGGUGAUACCAUCAACAUCAUGGACGGCUCCUGGAGCGCUCCUUGCGGUACAAACACCUGCUGCACUCCCUUCUGUAAGGCAAGCUUCGAGAUGGACAGCGGAGACUGUCCCGAUGGAGCCACCAAGGAAUGGGCCGGAAAUUGCAUGGAUGUCUUUGACGGGAAGACUAAGGCCGGUGAUAGGCAAAGCUUCACCACUGGUGGCUGUGACGGUUGGUCUGUCUUUUGGGAGGGAGGCGCCGUGGAUGGAGGGAAGUUCAUUACUGUCGAGAACGAUGAGACUGGAAAGUACUACCAGUACUUUGUUGAAGGCUGCAAGAAGACUGAAUUCCACUGGGACCCUUACCAAUGUGCUUCCAUUGGCGGUGGAUGUGAUGCUAAGAUCUCUGGUCGAGGCACCAACCCUGACAAGGCUGGAGGAAAGUAG